AUGCCUUCCUUUGGCGAUCAGGAAGGUCUGCUUGAGUUGAACAAAGAAAGCUUUGACUUCACUCUUCAAUUCGAGCAGUUGUUCUUCUCAAUCAUUCCGUCUGUCUUGUUCAUUGUAUUCUCAAUAUGGCGAUCGCUCAGCCAGGCUCGAAAGCCCACUGUCGUGGACGCUCCAGUCUUUCAGCUCAUUAAAUUAACAUCCAUUACAGCGUAUGUUGGUCUUGAGCUUUCGCUCGUUAUUCUUGUCGCAAUCGGGGCUUUUGACGCUACUGGCAUGUUCAUAGCUUCGUCUGUUCUCAAGCUUGUCUCGGCUCUUGUCAUGAUUCUACUCAGUCUGAUUGACCAUCGCAAGAGUUUACGACCUUCGGUGCUACUGAACAGCUACCUGUUCUUGACACUAUUACUCGAUGUCGCUCAAGCUAGAACGCUGUUUCUGACAUGGACAGUCAAGCCAGAGCUGGCAUACAGCAGCAUUUUCACAGCGACAAUUGCCGUCAAGCUGGUGAUCUUAUUACUCGAAGCUCAGCGAAAGUCUAAAUGGGUCAUCUGGAACGAAAAGGAGCACAGUCCAGAGGAAACUAGCGGAAUCUUCUCUCUCGGGGUCUUUUUCUGGCUCAACAAGCUCUUUUUGGAAGGAUACAACAAGGUUUUGAAGGUUGACGACCUUUUCCCUCUCGAUACCUCGCUCCGCGGCAAUGCGCUGCAUGAGAAGUUCUCCAUGAACAUGGACUACUCAAAGCUCAAGAGCAGUAAGCUCGGUUUGCUCAAGGUGCUUGUGCGAACGCUCAAAAUCCCGUUACUACUCCCUGUCCUUCCACGCCUUGCACUUCUCGGUUUCACUUUCUGCCAGCCGCUCUUCAUUGAGAGGCUGUUGGAUCACCUGUCGAAGCCAAAGAUUGACGACAACAUUGGGUACGGCCUGAUUUGUGCCAGUAUCUUGAUCUAUACAGGCAUUGCAAUCUCAAUGGCACUCUGCUGGUACUUCCAUAACCGAUUUCGCAGUAUGACACGGUCAAUCCUCGUGAUUGAGACGUAUCGCAAAGCCACUCAAUCUCGCAUCGGCGCAAGUGACGACAACGCCGGAAUCACUCUGAUGAGUACCGACAUUGAGCGAAUCCACUUAGGCCUGCUUCCUCUACACGAUAUCUGGGCCGCCGUCAUCCAGGCCGCUCUUGCAGGAUACAUGCUCUACGGUCAGCUCGGGGUCGUAUUCGUUGCGCCAAUGGCAGUAGUCGCUUUCUGCGUCGCAAGUCUCAUGCUGCUUAUGAACUUCGCUGGCGACUCUCAAAGAGCUUGGAUGAACGGCGUUCAAAAGCGAGUCGGUCUCACAGCUACUGUAAUCGGAAACAUGAAGACUAUUAAGAUGUCUGGACUCGCAGGUCCCGUCAGCACAUUCGUGCAAAAGCUUCGCGUCGACGAAUUGGCGGCUGGUGCCAAGUUUCGCAAGAUCUAUAUUGUCGCAGCACUUCUCGGCUUUAUCCCUCUCUUACUUAGUCCACCUUUGACGCUUGCAUUCGCUCAAAGAAAACUGGAUGCAACGAGGAUGUUUACCAGUCUUGCUUACCUCUUGCUUCUUACGACCCCUCUUUCCGAUAUCUUCCAGAUGGUUCCACAGUUGAUGUCUUCGAUAGCCUGCCUGGGACGGAUUCAAUCGUUCUUGGAGUGUGAGACUCGAUCUGACUAUCGCGAGUUUCGCUCAGAUGCUGCACUCGCAGGCGAGACAUCUACAGGAAGCGCAACAUCGCCCAGGACGUCUCAAAACGUCGGAGAUGCUAUUGUUGUUGACAAUGGAUCGUUUGGCUGGAAAGAGGAUAGCUUUGCCUUGAACGAUGUCAAUUUACGGAUGGCUAGAGGUUCCCUGACGAUAGUGGUUGGGGCAGUUGGUUCAGGCAAGUCUACGUUGGCCAAGGCCCUUCUGGGUGAGAUUCCUUACAUGGAAGGCAAUGUGUCGCUCAGCAACAGAUGUCCUCAUGUUGGCUUCUGCGAUCAGACGGCCUUCCUCUUCAACGGAACAAUCAGGGAUAACAUUGUUGGCUUCUCUUUAUUCGAACCUCACAGAUACACGCAGGUCAUCAACGCCACAGUUCUCGGAUAUGACUUCGCUGCAUUGCCUCAGGGAGACCAAACAUGCAUUGGCUCAGAUGGUAUCACCUUAUCGGGAGGUCAGAAACAGCGCGUUGCUCUUGCUAGAGCUCUAUAUCUGCAGUCCGAUCUUCUGAUCCUCGACGACGUCUUCAGUGGCCUGGAUGCAGACACAGAGGAGCAAGUCUUUCGUCGUGUCUUUGGAACAGAAGGUCUUCUUAGGGAACGCCGCACAACAGUUGUGCUUUGCACACACAGCGUAAGACAUUUGCCUGCGGCGGAUCAUAUCAUUGCUCUCACAGAUGGUACCGUUGCUGAGCAGGGGAACUUCACCGAACUCAUGGCUCGCCCCGGUUAUGUCCAUAGCAUUGGACUCAGUACUCCUUCUGACACCGACUCUGACAUAGCUGUGAGCUCAUUGAAAGAUGAUGCUAAGGAUUCCAAGUUUGAAGUCAAUGUCACUUCCCUGCUUACUCCCGCGUCUGCAACAACUGAUGACGGUGGCGCCCGUCAGAAUGGCGACCGAUCUGUGUACAAGCAUUACUGCAAGAGCGUUGGCUCCAUCUUCGUCCUCUUCAGCCUCUUUUUCGCUACGCUCUGGGGAUUCUUCACAAACUUUCCCACAAUCUGGCUCAAAUUCUGGACCGAUGAUGUUUACUCAGUGAACCCUGAACAUUCCUAUGCUUAUUACUCCGGCAUCUACGCCUUGCUAAACGUCUGCGGGCUGGUCUCUCUCCUGCUCCUGGGUAUCACGAUCUUCAUCAUUUUUAUCAAGAAGGCGGGUGCCAAUCUUCACCAUGACGCUCUGCGAACCUUGAUCCAUGCACCGCUUCGCUUCUUUACGACCACGGAUACAGGUGUCGUUACCAAUUACUUUUCGCAGGAUUUAAACUUGGUUGAUACAGAACUUCCUUCGGCUCUCUUGAGUACUCUGUUCAGUGUCUUUCAAGCCCUCGGCCAGGCUGCUGUCAUGGUCACAUCUUCUCCUACACAUUUUCUUGAUACCCGCAAGGGCAUCGCAACCCUGAGAGCUUUUGGCUUUGUGGCAAAAGACGUUGAGAAGAACGCCCACCUAGUCGACACUAGCCAGCGUCCAGCGUACCUCCUGGUCAUGAUCCAGCAAUGGCUCAACCUCGUACUCAACCUAAUAGUCAUGGUUAUCGCUGCGAUUUUGACAUCUCUUGCCGUGAGACUUCAUUCUAACACUGCCUUUACGGGCGCAUCCUUGGUCACCCUCAUGAACUUCGGGGACAGUCUUUCGGGCAUCAUCAUCUGGUGGACCAAGCUCGAGACCUCAAUCGGAGCAGUAGCUCGACUCAAGACGUUUAACGAGAAGGUAGAACCUGAAGACAAAGAACAUGAGGACCUUAUUCCAGCGGAACAUUGGCCACAGAAUGGUGUAGUUGACAUCAAAGACUUAUCCGCGAGUUACAACCCUGAGGACUACGACAGCAAAUCGAACAUCGCUCUACGCGGUAUCAAUCUCAAAAUCAGCCCCGGAGAGAAGGUUGCCAUUUGUGGUCGCACAGGUAGUGGAAAGUCGAGUCUCAUUGCUCUACUCCUCAAGCUGCUCGAUCCACUCACCGAUAAUGGCGGAGAGGUUGCCAUCGACGGUACGCCACUUCACCGAAUUGAUAGACCAACCCUGCGCCAACGUAUACUGGCAGUACCUCAAGAGGCCGUCUUCUUGCCUGACGGCACUACGUUCAAGCUGAACUUGGAUCCACUCAACGUCUCGUCUGAUGAAGAGUGCGAAUCUGUCCUUGUAAAGGUCGGUCUGUGGCAAUACGUGCAAGGAGUUGGCGGACUCUACGCGGGUAUGAAUUCAGAGACUCUCAGCGCAGGAGAACGACAGCUUAUGUCACUGGGUCGUGUACUCUUGAGGCGUCGAAUUCGAGCACGACAAUUGGGACUUACUGGACAGAACAGAGACAGUGGCAUACUGUUACUGGACGAAGUCAGUUCUAGUGUUGACCACGAGACUGAACGAGUUAUGCAGGAGAUCAUCCGCGCAGAAUUCGAGAAUUAUACAAUCAUAGCUGUGAGCCACAGGCUGGACAUGAUUAUGGACUUUGACAGAGUUGUUGUUAUGGAUACUGGAGAAAUUGUCGAAGUCGGUGUUCCCAUGCAACUGGCUCAAGAGUCUGGAAGCAGGUUUGGUGAGUUGGUUAAGGCCGGGGGCAAAUGA